UGGUUUGUUUACCUUUGCAGGUAGCUGUAUCCAGUUGGGUGAUAGGCGGAUCCAAGGAUCACCAUGAAGUUUUCAGGGUCCCUGGAGAGCCAGAGGUUGUCUCUCCUCCUGGAGAUGGCAAUCUCUAGAGAAGCUCAGAUGUGGAAAGUGCAUAUGCCCAAAAUUCAGCUCAAUCAGGAUGUAGCCAUUUCUCCAGCACAGCGGGAUGAGGUGAUUCAGUGGCUGGCCAAACUCAAGUACCAGUUCCACCUUUAUCCAGAAACACUUGCCCUGGCCAUCAGUCUCUUGGACCGGUUUUUAGCCACAGUAAAGGCCCGUCCAAAGUACUUGAAUUGUAUUGCAAUCAGCUGCUUCUUUCUUGCUGCCAAGACCAUUGAGGAAGAUGAGAGGAUUCCAGUACUGAAGGUGUUGGCCAGAGACAGCUUUUGUGGCUGUUCUCCAGCUGAAAUUCGCAGAAUGGAGAAGAUUAUUCUGGAUAAACUGCACUGGGAUCUUCACAUGGCUACGCCGCUGGAUUUCCUUCAUAUUUUCCACGCGGUCGCUGUGUCCACCAGGCCUCAGUUACUGACCACCCUGCCCAAGAUGAACCCAUCUCAGCACGUGGCCGUUCUCACCAAGCAGUUACUGCACUGUAUGGCCUGUCACCAGCUGCUGCAAUUCAAGGGCUCCAUGCUGGCGCUGGCCAUCGUCAGUCUGGAGCUGGAGAAGCUGAUUCCUGAUUGGCUGGCGCUCAUCUUCGAACUGCUCCAGAAAGCACAGAUGGACAGCUCCCAGCUGAUCCACUGUCGGGAGCUUGUGGCCCAUCAUCUUUCCACUCUGCAGUCUGCUCUGCCGCCCAAUUCUGUAUAUGUCUACAGUCCCCUCAAGCAUACCCUGGUGACCUGUAACAGAGGAGCGUUCAAAUUCAACCCCUCCUCUGUCCCAGGCCCAGAAUUCUCCAAGGACAACAGCCGACCAGCAGUGCCAAUCAAAGGUACAGCCGUGUUCUACCAGCGUCUGGCAGUUCCCACUGGGUGCAAGCAAGCCUCUGCCAAGCGCAAAGUGGAAGAGAUGGAGGUGGAUGACUUCUAUGAUGGAAUCAAGCGGCUCUACAAUGAAGACAGUGCCCCCGAAGCGGUGGCGCUAGAAAAUGUGGGGUCUGUUUGUGGUGCUGAUGCGUCGAGGCAAGAGGGCAGCAGUUCCCCUUGCCCACCUUUGCAGCCGGUCUCUGUUGUGUAGCUACCGCCUGCACAAGCCGUCAGCGGAAAGCUACUUUUUAAACCAUGCCAAGUCGGGCUGUGAUGUGUUUGGGAGGGGACUGAGGAAAGAAGCUGUAUCUAAUCAGGCUGAACUGAAGAGAGCCAAGAAAACCCCCCCUUUUUUUUUAUUUCCACUCGCCCUUCUAGUGUGGCUAAUUAUUGUUCAACUAUUAUUUAAGUACUUAAAAACACAAAAAGUAUAAAAAAUCUAUAAAAGACCCCAAAAAACAAAAAAAGUAGCAAUUUUGUUUCUUUCUAGUGUCAUUGGUUCCACUGUUUUUCUGCUACUGUGAUGUAAUCUGUCUUCCAUGUCCAAGAGCUCACAUUGAUUGUACAAAAUUGUGCCAGGUUUUCCAGCUGUGUCUGUUCAGUUUUCCUUUUUCCUCCUUGCUCUCUUCCUGCUUGCUCUUCCUUUAACACUCUGCAAGUCUUGUGUGUGACUUUCUGUACUCUGACCUUUGCCGCAGAUAACUUUUCAUUAUAACCAAAAAUCUUUCUUUAUCUCAUUAGUCACUUCGGUGUUUUAAUGUGAGAAUAUUUCAAACUGGCUUUAAAGAUUUGGAAAAAAAAAAUCCUAAGUGUUUGCAAACUCUUUUCUCUCUCCUCUCCACCCCCCCACCUUUAAAAAUCCAAAGCAGUGUGAACAUGCUAUAGAAAAGCGUGAGGUAGUAAGAGGGAGCCUGUAUUUAGUGUCUUACACAAAUAAUUAGUAAUUGUGAUCUUUGGAAACUAAGUGUGUGUUUACUUUCAUUUUAAAAUUUGAAAAAAAAAAUCAGUCAACUAAUUAGGCUAAUUUAAUUUUUUUUUUGCAUCCACACCAGGAUUUUUGCACUCAAUUGGCUCUCUUGUAGAUGCUCACAAAGGUUUAAUUAUGUGUGCAUCAAAUGCAAACCGUGAAUUUGCAAUUGAUUACGAUUCCUAUGUUUGUAAACUUUAGCAUAAGAUCAGUGCUGCUCAGUUAGAGGCUGGGACAGUUCUGUGAUCCUGAAUUUUGGAACUUGUGUAAUUAUAUGCCACAAAAUACUCCAAGUUUUGUGUUUGUCACGUUUAACCAACAAUUUACAAAAAAAAUCUUUAAAGGCUUGUCUUUUUAAAUGUUAUACCUCUGUUUCUCAGAAUGAUUUGCCCUGGAUCUUUAGCUCUCUCCGCAGCUCUGAGGAAGGUAUGGUGUUCAGAGCCAUUGUACUGAUGAAAGCCUUCUGGUAGCAAUAAAAAAAGUUGUCCUUUA